CCGGCUUUGAUUAGCGAUAGCAAAGUCACUGUUCAAUACGCACUACCAACGCAUUUGGAGCUCCCGCAUCCAUAUGGCUGACUGUUCGAUGCCCUGUCCGCCAUGUUGAAAUGCACCACUGCCCUUCUGGCCCAAUCGCGGCAUUGUGGCACGCACGUCCGACGUGGUAUCGCCCGUGGUUCACUCUGGAAGUCUCCGAGCCGCAUUGGAUAUCGAUCGAGUCUGCAGCAAAGAAGAGCCUACACGUCCGUUUCGGCGGCUGAUCUGCAGUUCGGCCAGCCUAUUCAUGAGACCCAUCCGCAUUUGUUAGGUCCAGGCGAACUGACUCCAGGUAUCACCGCGCAAGAGUAUGCCCACCGUCGCUCGAGACUCGCCAAUCGACUGCCAAAAAAUGCAAUUGCUGUUGUGGCUGCGGCUGAUGUGAAAUACCGCGCCGCAGGUAUAUUUUACGAAUACCACCAAGACUCCAAUUUUUUUUACCUGACCGGGUUUAAUGAGCCUAAUGCACUGGCUAUAAUAGCGAACGACGGGUCAGGGAAUAACCAUAUUUUCCACCUUUACGUCCGAGAAAAAGACCCGAAAAUUGAGCUUUGGGAGGGUGCUCGUUCUGGAACUCAGGCAGCCAUCGAUGUGUUCAAUGCGGACGAAACUGGAGAUAUUGAAAGCAUCAAAGAUACCCUUCUCCCGAUCUUAUCUGAGUCGAGCGAAAUCUAUACAGACAUAAAAACCUUCCAACCAUCAGGAUCCGCGUUAGCUCGGUAUUUGUCGAGCAACGACGGAGAAUCCGAAAUCCAGAAAGUGCUCAAAGAGCGGACUGUCAAACCGCUUCGCCCAAUAUUGAACGAAUUACGGGUAUUCAAAAGCGAGAGUGAGGUCGUCAAUCUUCGCCAAUCUGGUCAAGCCUCCGGGAGAGCAUUUACAGAGUCUAUGCGUCAGCAUUUCAGUACCGAAAAGGACCUGUCAGCAUUCUUACAAUACCAGUUCAAAGUCAACGGCUGUGAUGGGAGCGCCUUUGUACCUGUUGUUGGGGGAGGACGGAAUGCCCUUAGCAUCCAUUACACAAGGAACGAUGACGUUUUACGGGACGGACAAAUGGUGUUAGUGGAUGCUGGUGGUGAAUACGGCGGCUACAUUUCUGACAUCACGAGAACGUGGCCGGUCAAUGGCAAAUUUACGGAACCUCAGCGCGAUUUGUAUACAGCGGUCUUGAACGUUCAUCGUAGUUGCGUAUCUCUGUGCAGAGAGAGUGCUGGCUUAUCUCUUGAUCGUCUGCAUGGAAUUGCAGAGCAGGGACUCAAGGACCAAUUGAAACAACUUAAUUUCGACGUUUCCGGUAACGCGAUGAGGACCUUGUUCCCCCACCACCUCGGCCAUUACAUCGGGCUUGACGUGCACGAUUCCGCUGGCUAUCCAAGAACUGUGAAUCUCAAAGCCGGCCAGUGUAUAACUAUAGAGCCUGGUAUCUACGUUCCUGACGAUGAGCGGUGGCCCGAACAAUUCCGGGGGAUUGGCAUACGCAUCGAAGACAGUGUCUGCGUGGGUGAUGAAAACCCAAUUACCCUCACAACGGAGGCUGUAAAAGAGAUCGACGAUAUUGAGGCGCUUCGCUCGUAGGCAGUGGAGGACAUUGCAACGAUAUACCCAAUGUAUAGUAACUGGCAUAUUUGGAACAUCUGUGUACAAUAGACAUCUCCCUUACAUUUCAAUGGCAUUUGCAUAUGCAUAUGACAUUACCUUUUAUUAUUCAAUGUAGCGAAUGUAUCGAGCAUAGCAACGGGUCUCCCCACCGGCUGGCAGAACACGCGGUCCAGCUAUUACCGGCAGAAACAAAAAACCUGCCAGCUUACACCAGGAUAUUGUAAAAUCAGCCAGCCUUCAAAUUGAAAUUGAAAUUGCAAAUUGCAAGCAAGCAAUGGACGCGCCCAAGAAUGUGC